GUCGCUGCCUCGACUUAUUUAGACGCUUGCCCGUCUCCCAACUCCUCUCUUUUGAGAAACCCGAUUGCGCCUCGCAUUCGAUUCUUGCAGAGCUGCGUUCGCUGGUCGCAUUGACCUAUUCAGACAUCAUGCAUUUUAACUACGCUGCAGCUGCACUGGCUGCAUUGCUCCCACUAUGCUCGGCCCAGACCUACUCGAAAUGCAACCCUCUUAAGCAAUCUGGUUGCGAGCCCAACCCAGGUAUGGGCGCCAAUUUCAACUCCGACUUCACCACCGGCGAUGGAGCUCUCGGCGGCUGGAAAACUACCGCCGGAAAAGUCACGGCUGGUGGCCAGGGUGCCGAGUUUACUCUGGCCAAGCGAGGCGAUGCGCCCACCAUUGACACUAACGGCUACUUCCUAUUUGGUAAGGUCGAGGUUGUCAUGAAGGCUGCGCCGGGACAGGGUAUUGUCAGCAGCAUUGUCCUAGAGUCGUCCGCCCUCGAUGAGAUCGACUGGGAAGCCCUCGGUGGUGACACCACUCAGAUUCAGACCAAUUACUUCGGCAAGGGCGACACUUCGUCCUAUGACCGUGCAACUUUCGUGAACAUGGCUUCUCCACAGGCUGAUUACCAUACGUACACUAUCGACUGGAACAAGGACCAGACCACCUGGGCCGUUGAUGGCAACAUCGUACGUACUCUUAAUUACAACGACGCCAAGGGUGGUACUCGCUACCCCCAAACCCCUAUGCGCCUGAGACUGGGCAUCUGGGCCGGUGGCGACCCGGGUAAUGCGCAGGGUACUAUCCAGUGGGCCGGUGGGCUGACUGACUAUACCAAAGCCCCCUUCACCAUGUAUGUUAAGUCGGUUAACAUUGUGAACUAUACCCCCUCCGACUCCUACACCUACUCCGACAACAGUGGUUCCUGGCAGAGCAUCAAGAACUCUGCCUCGUCCCCAGAGCCUCGCAGCACCUCUAGCACCACGGACACCCCGUCCACCCCGUCUAGCACUGAAUCCGCACCCUCCUCUGAGCCCGCGACCCAGUCUAGCACCAGUAGCACAAGUUCUCCUACUGGUUUCAUUACCAGCACUACCAGCAGUACUGCUGGCAGCACCACUGACACCACUGAAUCUACCACUGGUACUGCCACUGGCACUACUACCGGCUCUUCCUCGGAAUCUGGCUCUGGCUCCACCACUGCCGAGUCCAGCUCGAGCACCGGUUCCUCCGGCGCUGGUGCAUCCACGACCGAGUCUUCUGUUCCCGGAUCUUCGUCCGGCGCUGGAUCUUCCACUGGCGCCGGAUCUUCCACUGGCGCCGGAUCUGGCUCUGGCUCGGCUUCUAGCUCAGCCGCUGGUGCCACUUCCACUGUUCCUCUCUCCAACUCUGCUACAACGCCUUAUAGUGGAUCUUUCAUGGGCCUCAUGACGAUCAUGGGCUUGAUGACCGCCAUGUUGCAGCUGUAAUUGGAUCUGUUUUUGUUUUUGCUUUUGUUUCAUUGGCCUAAUGACCCCAUGGCGGAUUUUGUAAUGGACGGGAUUUAUGACGCUUUUGGGAGACCACGCUCCUUUUAUGACCCCCUGAUUCUUGUAUCGUUAAUUGUAGCCUUAGGUACAUAUCACACACACACACACACACACACACACACACACACACACACACACACACUGUGAAGAAGAAUCUUUUGAUACUGGCUUAUAUUUAAGCUCGGACGGAUUUAUAUAAUAUCAUUUCAAAAUCAGUUCAAGC